AUGGACCAAAGAACCAUACAGAUCCUACUUCUCCUGUCCGGAAGUUCCACGAUACUAGCACUCCAAUUCAUGUUCCAAAGCUUCAACGGUUGCGAAAGCAACGGAGUAAUGGACUGCACGCUCCGCGUGCGCAAGGUCAACCGAACUACGGCGGCCCUCAACGGAACCAUCAUCCUGCACAAGGAUCUUGACGGAAGCUACGAGACCUUCAUCGAGCUGUUCAACAGUCCGCUGGGGAACAACCAGUUCAACCGGUACCCGAUGAAGAUCGGCCCGCUGGGCUUUUGCGAGUUUAUGCGCACCUUCUGGGGCGACUACCAGCCGUACCUGGCCAAGUACGUGGCGAACCUGGCCGAGCCGGGCGAGUGUCCGAUGGGGGCGCGCACGCUGAUCUUUCGCGAUAUGCAGCUGGAGGCGGAGAUGUUCCCGCGGUACGUCCCGACCGGGCUGUGGAAGCUGCAGUGGCGCAUGCAGAGCGGGAAGGUGGACUUUUUCGCGGUGGAGAUGCUGUUCAAGGUGUACGAAAAUGGGUUCUUUUAG